AUGGCCAAGCCUUUCACAUGGGAUUUUGAACCCCGAAAUGUUGCUUUUAAGCUCCAGCUGCAGGCCAGCUUUCACCCGUCAGUUGCCGGCUGUUCGGUUUCUCUGCCCUUCCUGGAUGCAACCGGGGCUCUGGCAGCGCCUGUGACCGUUGCGCUGAACGCUUGCGAGUCCAAGCCGCGCCAGGCUGGCCCAGGAGGACGCAGUGCCCAAAGUGCGAGUUUCGAAAAGGAUCUUGGCAGCUUCAAUGUCAGCUUUGACUUUGUGAAAGGCAUCCAGCAAGCCAAGCUGCCUGUCACCGUUGCCCUGGAAGGUGGCAAAGGGAUUGCGAGCCAGGCGAGGAUUUGUCUCGGACCGCUGCUUCUCACCGGAAGCAAAGCGUUAAGCCCGGAGAUGUACUAUCCUGGGGAGCCGCCGAGGUCAAAGCGCCUCCGUCCUCGAAAUGCCGUGUCCGCUACGUUCACAGAAUCCAUUGGGGUUGCUGGACUCUACAGUUUGGAUGUUACCGUGCUAAUGGAUAAGCCCCUGCUCAGCGAGGAGAUGCUGAAGAAGCUGAUGCCUGCAUGCUUUCGAGUGGAAAUGCUCCGCGGCUUGCCGAAUGAGCCAUGGCUGCCGCAGCAGUGUGAGGCUGUUCACGUUGAAGUCUAUCCGAAACUCAGCAGUGCGUCACAAGUGCUGAGUGAAACGUGCCCUCGUAUGAGAUCAGAGAGCAGGCCACACAACACGGCAGCGGACUUCAGCGAGCCCGUGGUGUGGCUUCUUGGCCUGGCCUCGCCUCAUGCGCUGCGGGAGUGGAUGCAGCACGAGGGCCUGGUGGUGGAGGUACACGAUCGUGACCCGAAGCAGAAGAAGGUGGAAGCCACAGGCGAGGGCUCUGGCAGAAUGCAGCCGAUUCAUGGCCAUGGCGUUGCGCGCUUCCCUUUGGGACCUUUGCUGCAGUCAGAGACGCUGGAGCUCUCCUUGCGGGCUGAUGUUUGUCCAAGUCGUGGCAACAAGAAGAAGCGUAGGGCCGAAGCUCUGAGCGUUGACAGCCUGCAUGCAUCCGGUCUUCUGGAUGAAGAAGGCCGACAGAAGAUAGCGCGAAGGGAAGGCCUAAGCAAGCGAGAGGACACCACAAACUACCACUCUCUUGGAACUGUGUGUACGCUUCGAGCGGCGCUGGCUGUUCCGGUACCUCUGCACAGCCAAAUUCAGGAUGAGGAGGAGCAGGUGCACCAGAAGCAUUGGGAGGCCACGGAGGUCCAAGAAGGAAAUGUCUUCACCGCGAAGUCCAUGGGGGAUUCACCAACAAGCUCGCCAACAAAAUGGGCACCAAAGGCAGCACCGAGCCGGGCAAAGGUGGAGGGCGUGGCUGGGCCGUGGCGCAGGAAAGCAGAAGAGGCUGCCGAGGAUGAGGCGAGGCUGCUCGAGGCCGAGGAUGCCGAGGCCGUCGCCCUCGAGCUCACCCAGGCCCUUCCGCAAGGUGCGAUUGGUGGUCUGGAUUGUCGCUUCGAGCGCUAUGGUCGCAUCUUUCUCCUUUGCUCUGAGGCAAAUGACGGAGAGGUGACACGAGCAGUGCUAACCUGCUUCCACGAUCUGAAUGCAGCUCUGCUGGGACUUCGCCCGCAGGAUGGAGAGUUCCUUCUGAGGCAGUUGUCGGAAGAAGAACAGGCAGAUCCCCACUUGGAUUUGCUGUCGGGCUUCUGCGUGCUUGACGGGCGCUCACGGCUCUUUGUAAUUGAAGGACUGCGCGAGGGCCAUUCCUUCUCUAAGCUUCUGGAGGUGAUCCCCCGUGGCCCAGAAGCACCAAAGCUGUUGCACAACUCCUACAUUGGAUUUGGAGAAAGGCUCUACACCAGCUUCGGCCCGAGACUGAAGCAGGUAAAGUUGCGCGGAACCCUCGAGAGGCUGUCUUUCAGGCCAGCACUAUACUCCUGGAACAAGUCGGUGUCCACUGAAGACGCGGCAGCUAACGAGGUGCCCAAGCAGCUCAUGGCUCUCAAGAGCCUGAAUCGGUUGCGGGGUGCGCGGGAGAACCCGCACUUUCCGAAGGCAGCGCAAAUCGACCAUAUGCAGCGUCUCUACGGGGCAUACAUCAGCGACCGAGAGCUGGAGGGCUACCCGGCAGAAGAAGCGAUAACAGUCAAGAAGAGGGAGAAGAACAGCCCAAGCCCAGAUCGACGGCGAUCCGUUGCACCCCAUGAGGCAACAAGAGACGUCCUGGCGGAGGCUGUGACGUCUGGACAACUGGGUAAUGGAGGUACCGUUCGCUUUCAGACGCGCCCGACGCUCAAGGAGCCUUUAGACCAAACGAAUGAGCAUUACGAGCAGCAUAGUGAACUACGCAGAAGUGCAACGGUACAAAACUUCAAGAAGACAAAUAAGACGCUGGUGCGGAUUCAAUCCGAGCAGAAUGUUCGAAGGAAUGACCUGCUUGGCAAGAAGCGUGAGCGGGAAACUCCUUUCCUUGAGGGCCAGGUCUACUUGUACUCCAGCCAGAAGCUGAACAGCGCCGAGCUUCAGAAGGACUGGCUUCGCAAGCACAUGGCUGGCCACGAGUCCGAGAAGGUUUGGACAUACAAUCCAACUUACAUGUCCCAGAACUUUGAGUUCGCUGGUGCGGCUCCGCCCGGGGUGCCGCAACCCCCUACGCCACGCCCCAACGACACCUACGCUCGCUUGGAGGGGGAUGACAGAGAGGUGUUCCGAGCUGUUCAAGCUCGUCCGCGGGAAGCCUUUCGAAAGCCACCGCGUGACUUAGACCAAUCCACCAUAGAGCUUCUGCACGAGCCCUUCGAAGAGGGUGAGUGGUUCCGAAUUAAUCUCGGGGAAGAGCGGGCGCAGCCCAUUGCAGUGGUGGAGACUUUCGAGCCAGAGAAGGUUCCUCACAAUCGGCGCUACACCUCCAACCCCUUUGAUGCUCAGCACAUGCUCUUGGGGCAAGAGCAUGACUUCGGACCAAAGUCUCUCUACGAAAGCGUCCACUACCACGGCCGGCGACCUGAUGAAGAUCGUCAGGAGCAGUACCUGGAGCACAACAUUAAGGAAAUGCAGGCAGCUGCUGCCAAGAUACGCUUUCACCGAGAAAUGAAGACAUUCUCACAAGGAAUGAGCAGAACUGGGGUUACAGAUUUGGAUCGAAGCGAACGCGUUUUGAAAGAUGCCCCAUCGUAUCCCAUGCGAGGCCGCUUGGACGGCCGGCUGCCGGAGAGCAUGCGGACGAUGGAGCCCUUCCACGAGCUGGGUCGUCCUGAUUUGGAGUGGCAUGCGCGUUUGCGCGAGAACGAUGACACUGCGCCGCUGGACGUCUUCACAGGCGCGUACAUCAAACGCGAUCCAGAAGCGGGUACUGGAGCCAAACGAUCUUGCAUGAGUGGCUCCUUGACCAAAGCACCAUGGCGACACGAAGGAACAAUCAAGUCCCUUGCUGCGGCGAGCAGCAAGUCCGUGACCUAUGUCAGCUCGCAUAAUUUUAAUGCGGCAAGCAAGCCCCCUCAGUCACGCUUUUGUGAGGACCAGCUCUGGAAAAUUGCAUCUCGCACGGGCAUCACUGGGAAAGAGCGCACCGACACUCUCCAAUACAGACGGCCUCAUCACUAUGGCGUGCACCUCUGA